AUGCGAUAUUCACUUGAAAAUAAUACAGUACAAGGUGCAAAUGUAAGUGUAUCUGUAGAAGGAAAUAAAUAUUACUUUAAUUACCCUUGUAAGGAAUCACACAUUUGCACAGACUAUGUUAUAGAAUUACAAGCAGGUUUAUACAAAUUCCAACUAUAUGGAGCGAGUGGUGGAAGUCAUGCAGGACAAACUUCAUCAUUUCGAAAACCAGACGGAAGUUGUAUCUCAGAUGAUGUUGUUUCACGUGUUGGUGGCAACACAAUUUGCAACAAAAUUGAUAGUAAUGGCGAAUCAGGCGGUUAUGUCAAAGGUAUCAUAUUGUUUCAAAGUGCAAUCAAAAUUUUUGCGACGAUAGGUGGCAAAGGAAUUUUUGGUCAUAAGAUAACAAAAUAUGGAACGGCCGAUUGUUUUUAUAAAGAAAAUAUGCAACCAGGUGGCUAUGGUGGCGGUGGAAGCUCAUCCAACUAUUAUCAAGGAGAAUCUUUAGACGGGACAGGAAGUGGAGGUGGUCAAACCGCUGUCAAAUUUAUUGAGAACGAUUUAUGGCAUCGCGUUUUAGUAAGUGGUGGUGGAGGAGGAAGUGAAAAUAGAGGAGGCACAUAUAGAUCAACUGAAGAUGGAUCAGGAGGUGCAGGAGGAAAUCUUAAUGCACAAGGAUAUUUCUUGAAUGGAGCCUUUUUUUGA